CUUAACUAAUGGGAAUAUUAAACCUUGCGCCUCCACCACAGGCCAUAAGUCGGAGCUCGCUUUCUUCCUCUGCGUUUUUGCCGGGGGAUUUUGCUUACUGUCUCGAUCCAUUAUCCGGGUUUGCACCUUCGCGAUCAUCUGCUUCAAAUUAAAUGGCGACCGUACCAGUUAACCCGAAACCUUUCUUGAACAAUUUGACUGGAAAGCCUGUCAUUGUGAAGCUUAAAUGGGGAAUGGAAUAUAAAGGUUAUCUCGUCUCAGUGGAUUCAUAUAUGAACUUACAGCUGGCAAACACUGAAGAAUAUAUUGAUGGGCAGUUCACAGGAAAUUUGGGAGAGAUUCUGAUCAGAUGCAAUAAUGUUCUAUAUCUUCGUGGUGUACCAGAGGAUGAAGAGAUUGAAGAUGCUGACCAAGAUUAAGAGUAUAAAUGCUGCUGUUUUAGAUGUCAUUUUGACCAAAAAGAUUAGAAAUAUGUUUUCUAAUUAAUUGCAGGUGCUAGGUUUGUAAUGCGAACUAAUUGGGCAACUGAAUUUUAGGUGUUAAGAGGUAGGAUGGACGGUUUUAAGAUUGUGCUUCUCAGCUUCUCCUUUCUCUAUUAAACAAGCUCUUCUGGCCCCAUUUCUCUGCGCAAAAUUGUAUUACAAAACGAUCAGAAGUUAUUGAAUGCAAAACUCUUCUAUGUGAGGAA